CAUGAUCGAAUCAUCAAAACAUCAUGUCCUUGAUCUUGUUUUCCCGAUUUAUGGAUUAAUUUUAUUGGGCCUCUUUGGUCUUGAUUACCGAAGUUUUAGCAAAGACACUAGAGAGCUCAAGUUAAGGCCCAAGUAAAAAACAAAGGCCCACUCUUUACACAGUGUUAAUUCCAUGGGAAUCAAGAUUGUUUAAGGAUUUGGAGUAAUUAUUGUUUCAUUUGCUUGAGCGGUGAGAGAGUGGAAUCGAUCCGUCUCCAAGUUGUCUUUUUUUUUUGUUUUCUCUAAUAAAUAUAUUAACACGAACGUACUCUUAAUCUCUUUUUUGUUUCAAAGCUUUGCAAUCAUCAUUAGUCAUUACGAUUGUAUAGUUAGAGUAAAGCAAAGCAAUAUAUAAAGUUGGUUCCUUUAGCUCGAUCAAAAUUGCCUUUGGACCGGUUCUUAAUAAUUUGGGAGCCAAACCGGUCUACGGUCAAGGAGGACACAAUGAGUUGGCCCUUUCAGAAUUAAAAAAGACGACACCUGACCAACCGGAGAAAUAAACUCCUCUGUGUAAGGGCAAAACAGAGAAUUACGCAAAAAGUUUAAAUCGGGAAAAUCUGAAGCAAAGAAAAGAGCAAAAAGAGGAGAGUGGGUUUGGUCUGAGGGACACACGCAAUCUCAGUGCCAUUUGUCUUUUCUCUCUUUAAGCUCUUUACCAAAGAUCCAGUUUUUUUUUUUUUUUUUUUGACGAUCGGUCGCUGUGGAAUUUUCAUUUUCAGACAACAUCUAGAGAGACAGAGAGAUAUGUCGUGUUCAUCCUCGUCUGGAUCAGAAGGAGAAGAAGAAGGCUUCGAUUCUUACCGCAAAGGUGGUUAUCACGCCGUCAGGAUCGGCGAUCCUUUCUCCGGUGGUCGUUACAUCGCUCAGAGAAAGCUUGGCUGGGGUCAAUUCUCCACCGUCUGGCUUGCCUUCGACACUCUCUCCUCUAACUAUGUUGCUUUGAAGAUUCAGAAGAGUGCACAACAAUUCGCACAAGCCGCACUUCACGAAAUCGAGUUCCUUUCAGCUGCUGCCGAUGGAGACCUCCAAAACACCAAAUGCGUAGUCCGUCUCAUCGACCAUUUCAAGCACGCUGGUCCCAACGGGCAGCACUUAUGCAUGGUGCUCGAGUUUCUAGGAGACAACCUUCUCCGUUUGAUCAGAUACAACCGUUACAAAGGUCUGAAGCUAGACAGAGUCAGAGAGAUUUGCAGAUGUAUACUAACCGGUUUGGAUUACUUGCACCGCGAGCUCGGUAUGAUACAUUCCGAUUUAAAACCUGAAAACAUUCUCCUCGUUUCCACCAUUGACCCUGGUAAAGAUCCGGUUCGAUCCGGUUUAACUCCGUUGUUGGAAAAGCCUGAGGGGAACGCAAACGGCGGCGGUGGUAGUUCUACGAUGAAUCUGAUUGAGAAGAAGCUGAAGAGGAGAGCGAAGAGAGCUGUUGCUAAGAUAUCAGAGAGGAGAGUUUCUAUGGUGGGCGGUGCCUUAGGUGAAGAGGCAUCGUCCAAGAGUGAGAGGAGUCUCGAUGGGAUUGAUAUGAGAUGCAAAGUGGUUGACUUUGGUAACGCUUGUUGGGCUGAUAAACAGUUUGCUGAAGAGAUACAGACGAGACAGUAUAGAGCUCCUGAGGUGAUAUUAAAGUCUGGUUACUCGUUCUCUGUUGAUAUGUGGUCUUUUGGUUGCACGGCGUUUGAGCUUGUCACGGGGGAUAUGCUGUUUGCUCCUAAAGAAGGGAAUGGUUAUGGAGAAGAUGAGGAUCAUCUUGCUCUUAUGAUGGAGCUCUUAGGGAAAAUGCCGAGAAAGAUUGCUAUUGGUGGAGCGAGGUCUAAAGACUAUUUUGACAGACAUGGGGACUUGAAGAGGAUCCGGCGGUUGAAGUAUUGGCCGCUGGAUCGGUUGCUGGUGGAUAAGUACAAGCUUCCGGAAGGAGAAGCAAAGGAGUUUGCUGAGUUUCUGAGUCCGGUUCUGGAGUUUGCGCCGGAGAAACGACCAACUGCUCAGCAGUGCUUGGAACAUCCGUGGAUGAAUGUAGUAAGUACACAGAAUGAUGCAGAUAAUGUAGAAUCCCAAGUGAGGAAUUUGAAGAUCAAAGGGUGAACAGAAACUCUCAGCUUCGUCUUUUUGUUUUGUCUCUUUUUUUUUCCUUCACACCUUUGUUCUUGUACUUCUUUUUGAACUUCGAUAUUUUUAUGCUUUUUUUUGUCUUGUUUAAUUGUUUUUUUUUUGGGUCUUUUUGGGGAACUAUGAUUAUUGGUUAACCAUCGAUUUCAUUUGUUGGUUAUGAAGAAUUGUCUUGUAGUGAAUGAAUUAAUUGACUAACAAAGAAUCAUAUUUAUAUAUA